CAGUCCUGAUGUCAUUUCCUCACCUAAAACACUAUACAUACUGUUUGUGAUCCCCUUUUCUCCCUCGUCUUUUUUCAUCCCAUCUCCACCUCUGCAGCUGUAUGGGGGUCCCAGCCACUUCGUCCUCUGGCCAGGAGAAAAGACUUCAAACAUUUCGUUCCUCUCCUGUUCCGUCACUAAAGAGAGAGGAUGGAAGAGAGCAGCAACACCGGAGCAUGGAAUUCUCUUUUCUCUUGAUCUAGAGGAAGGCUUGGAGCAGGAACAUGCAGCAGGGCAGUGCAACCCCAUGCCUUUGCCAUCACUGGGCACCCUGAAGCUGAUCCAGGGUGAUGGCACCAGCGUUGGCACAGUGAUCUCCUUCCAGUGUCCCAGCAAGCACCGGCUCAUAGGAGAGGGAGUCGUCUCGUGUAUCUGGAGGAGCAACGGCACAGAGUGGACAGCAGUGGCCCCCACCUGUAAACCUUUGUCUAGGUAUGAAGAUUUUGGAUUUAAAGUGGCCGUGAUUGCAUCCAUUGUAAGCUGUGCUGUCAUCCUUCUAAUGUCUAUGGCCUUUCUGACCUGCUGCCUGCUUAAAUGCUUGAAGAAAAGUGAACAAAGAAGACAGGAAAGGGACAUGCAGUCACGGUGCUCGAUGAAUUGCGAAGACGUGGAAGAUACACAGUCCUACCAUUACCGGCACAAGGGAAGAAACAACAACAACAACAAAGCCGGGGCAAAGACUGUAAGGGCCGACUUUAGAGACACAGGAUAUGACAACCAGGGUUUCUGCAGGUGUCAUGAAUGCCCACGUGAAGUCAGUGUUCCUGUCCCUUAUAGAGGACAUGAGGUACCUGUCAUUUGUAAGGCAAAGAAAACUUGGAUUCCAGGCAUGUGCAAUCCACCAGAAUGUGACUUUGCAGCGAUCAGUAGGAGGUCAGGCGAAGAACUCUAUGGGACUUGCUGGCAUCCACUUCACAACAAGGAGCACCACGUGCAUGUCAUGUCUGUGUGAAGCUGAUCGCACACUAUUUAUGAGACCAAAUUAGCCACACAAGUGCCUUAAACUGGAUUUAACUUGACUCCAAGAAUUACAGAGAAGAACAAUUUGCACUUUUAAUGGGAGGUCAUGCCUAGUUGAUAGAGGUCUCUUUUUCAAAAUCUUUUCAUUGUUAAGUUUCCUUUCAGAACUCGGCUAACUACCGCACAACGAUUGUCCUUGUGUGUGAGGAGCGUGGACAUUGUCAAGUGUUGAAAUGGAUUGGUGGUCUUUUUAGGGUUUUUAAAGGUUUUUUAGGGAAGAAGGUGCACAGAAAAUAAAAUCAAGUAUAAGUGAGACUGUGAGCUAAAACUGUUUUGUGUUGAAGGUUCAUCCCACUAUCAACACCAAAUGGAAGUGAAAGUCAAACUAGUUAUUGCUGUUUGGUUAUUUUGUCAUUGGGUAUGCUGGUUGGACAAAAUGAAUUAUAAAGUAAUUUGUAACUAUAAAAUAUAUCUAAUGACACUGGAUAUGUAAAGGUUUCCACAGAAAAUAUACAAAAAUAAGUCCUCUGACUAAGCAAAAAUAUUCAUGCAGGCGGGUUUAACUGCAAUAACCACAGUGGAGGAGAGUCAUUUCUUCAAUAUUUACUGGAUAACAUUACCAAAUUUAAAACUCUGUAACUGUAACUUAAGAGAAUUACAAUUUCAGAAUUAACCUUGUUUGAACUUCUUUGAUACCAGAGAUUGGACUAUCUUUAAAACAAGUGUAAGAUGUAUCAUCAGUGGUGCUGUACAACUGGAAAAGGGAACGUGUGCAGACUAUUGGCUGUAUGACCCAGUUAAAAACACAAGAAAUGCUGACUUUCCAAAUUUUGAGUUUGGAUUGUUUUCUGUAUUUACCGGUUUCUGAUCUCCUGCUGUUAUAUUACACUAUCACUCACCUAGACAACCAUAUUGCUCUCUGUGGUGUCUGUAAUAGGGAGUCACAGAGUGUGGUCUGUUCUCGGUAUAAAAUUGUAUAUCAAUAACUGCAUUAAGCCUUUCAUUGCCGUACCCUGAAGUCCUUGAUUUACAAUUGAUCCUGGAUGAAUCAGUCUGAUUAAAAUCUAAAAAGCAGACAGCAGAAUCAUAAUAUUUACAAUAUGCCUCGGAGCUUGAAGGCUCCCUUUUUAAUUUCUGUUAUAAUCUCUUUCAGGCUGAAAAACAUUUUGAGGUAGAAGUGUGCUUUUCACCAUUAUUUAGAUUGCUUUUCAGACCUGUUCGUUCAUAGCCCUCCUUGUUUCUAUGGCAUAUUUUCUUUGUGGCAGCUACAUCCAUAGAAGAACAAAAAUACACUUUAUUCAUGUCUUUACCUUUCUUCUCAUGCAAUAAAUUGUGGUACUGAAA